AUGAAUUAAAAUUAUAUUGACCAAGCCUAUUUGACUAAGGUUUAGUAUUCAAUUUAUUUACCUAGAAAUUCUAUAGAGCAUUCGGAAACUAUUUUGGACCUCAUACUUCAACACCAAGUUUGGCAUCGGAAUAUUUAUCAUCAACAAGGACUCAGACAUCCAAUUUGAACAAAUAAAACAGUUUAGCAAAACCAAUUACAACUCCUUAAAAUGUGAAUAAACCAAUAAAUUUGAAUUCUGUUCGAGUAAAAACAUAGACUCAACAUAUUUCUAAAUAACAGCCAUAAGCUCAUCAUAUAAAAAGUUUAUCUUCAGACUUAAAGAAUUUACAUCAAUAGAAAAGAUUCAAAUAAGAGAGGAUGAUAUUGUAUACUGAAUCUGAACAGCAUCCUUUUUUGAUUAUAUAAAAAAAGGCAAGGGAAUUAAGAAAAAUGGAAUCCAGAAAAAGUACUUUGCCUUCAAUUUAAACUGAAUCUUAACAUAGUGCCAGAUUGCCAGAGAUACCUCCAUUGCUCUAAAUCCCAAUAAUAUAAAUUACAGAACCAUUAGAGUAGCAUUCAUCAAAAGGCUAAGACUACGAAUCAGAUAAAGAUGAUGAUUCUUAGGAAGAAGAUGAUGUCCCUUAGGGGUUAAAAAAGAUGAAGAAACUUUCUGUUAGACUCAAAUUCAAAAAUGCUGUCUAAUCUCAAGUUUCCACACUUUUUAUCAAUAAACAAGUAAACAUUGCUACAACUAUCUUAGCCUAAAUCACUCUUUAAUGUGAUAAUAUCCCCUGAAUUCACCCUCAAGCAUGAAGAAGAACGCUAAAAAAUAAGUGAUGCUUUUGAGGCUGGCAACUUUAUAUUAUAUAAAGCAAAAUAAUUUCAACAGAAAUAAGUAACUUAUAAGAAAAAGUUAUUUGUCAACUAAUUAAAUAUUAAGCAUGCUCAUAAGAUGAAUAAUAUUGUUAGUUCAUAAAUAGCUAAAUUAAAUACUACAAAUAAGGCAUUUCAAAGGAAAAUUAAAAUGAUUCUCGCUACAACCGAAAACAGCAAAGAAAUUGAGUAACCCUAGAGGUUUUCACUACUAUCUAAAUAUAAAAAAAGUUAAUUUGGUUAAUCAGGUAGUAAUGAACAUCUUGCCUAAGAUAUCAAUUUAAACAAAGAUUAAUUUACAAUUACUAUAACUAACGAUAAAUUAGAAAAUGAAAUUCAAAUUUUCAACAGGCCGAAAUUUAUUUAAAUAGAUUAAAUUAUUGAAGAGGCUUAAUAAGCAUAAUCUCCUCCUAAAUAAGCUAGCUCUCCUGGGAAAAGAAUACUUUAACAUUCUGGAUCUGCGCACUACUCUUAAAAACAUAUUAAUUUAAGGCAUUCCGUCUCUCAAUAAAUAAUUAAAGAGGAAUUAUCAAGUGUCUAGAGCAUUCCUAAUAUAGAAGAAAACAAUAAUCUAGAUUUUAAUUAAGAAUUCUCAAAAGUAAAUAAAUAUAUUAAUUUAUUUAAGUCUAAUUUAUAUGUCAGACUUUAUUAUCAAGGUAGAUUGCAUAAAUUGCCCAGAAAAACUACUUUUGUUGGUAUGAAUCUCCAAGAAAUUGAGGAUUAUUUUACUUCCCAGCAACAAUUGAUUAAGUUAACAAAUAUGUAUUUUAUCUUUGUAUAUUCAGAAACUUUUAAGCAACUGAAGUACCUGGAUUAGAAUAGAUUGGACCUACAUUAGAAUAAAAUUUAGACAUUCCUAAAUUCAUUAUUUACUAACCAAAAUUAUCCUUAAACUUUAACUUUGGUUCAACUGAAACAUUUUCUUCAAGUGAAUCAGUUUAAAGUUUAUCUUUGGAUUUACGUUUAGAAGAACCAAUUUAAAGUUUAAUUUUAAAUAAAUUUAGGCCAGGAUUAUAAUAAGACGACUACGAAAGUAAAAAGCUUAAUAUCAUUAAGUCGCUAAGCAAUUUGGAAGAAGAAAAGGAUGAAACAAUAUUUAUAGAGGAUGACUUAAAAAAUUUUAGAUGUAAUUUUUUAUGUUUAAGUUUAUAUCAGCCAUAUCAACUGGGUAGUUGACUGUUAUUAAGAAAGCCAAAAAUCAUUUUUUAUAACCACUUGAUCUUGUUUGCAUUUUAAGUACGCUAGAUCAAAACACGAAAAACUAAUUAUUAACGUUUCCUUAGCAAGCUAAACCUAUAAAUUAAGUUUUAGAUUCUAUUAAUACUGAUAAUGAUGGUUGGGCUUAUAAAUAAUUGGAAAAAUAUUAUGAUAAAUCAUUUUUAAAAAGGAGAGUAAUAGAUUAAUUAGCUAUCAGAUACGACUAAAUAUUAAUUGGGAGAUAUCAAGAUAAGGAAAAGGUUAUCGAUAUAGAACACCAGGAUUUAAUAGAGACUUUAUAAAAUCUACCUGAAAUUCCAAAAUUAAAAGAAGUAGAGAAUUAAUAAAAAAGUUAAAAGUCGUAACAACAAAACAAUUAGUAGCAUUAAUAACAAUAAUAAUAAGUAACCAAUUAAUAAAGUGCUAAAGGUGAAUAAUAGAUUAGAUAAAUAGUUAGCAUUAAAAAAAAUAUACUUAAUAAAAAAUAACUAAAAAAAAAUCAAACAUAAACAAUAAAUAUUCAACCAAAUUUAAGAACAAAAUAAACCAGUAAUUCACCAGAUCAAAGCAAUUCAAGAUUAACGAUGCAAUACUCUAAUUAACUAACCAAUUAACAUACUAAUUAAUAAACUCAAAAUAACAUUAUAACACAAUCUACUACCUAAUUUUUAACAAAACCCACCAACCAAUCGUAAUAAUCAGUCAACGUUUCAGGAACAAAAAUAAUACAAAAAAGUAAAUCAAAUGCAGAUUUAAGUGAAACUUCAUCCAUUAAAUCUUCAAAUAGCAAAUUAGAGAUCAGCUCACAGAAGAUAUUAGAAGUAGAUACUUAAAAGCAGUAAGCAAAAAUUUAACCAUAAAAUCUUGAAGUAGAGAACGAUAAAAAAAUCAAGCAUCAUAAAACAAAAUCAGAAAAUUUAAUCAAUAAGAUCUUUGAAUAGAAAGUAAAUACUUAUAUUUUUAUAUAUUAUCUCUUUAGAUAUCAAGUAUGCAAUAGCACUCAUUGAGAAUGAGAAGCCAUGCAGAGGAACAAACGAGAAGGCAGAAAUAUGAUCAAAAGUAUCAAGUAAAGUUUGCUAUAGAGGAUAAUAAUUAUUAGGAAGUAAAUAAAAACCUUAAGACAUUAGUUUUUGGAAAACUUUAAAUAGCUGCCAGAAAUGUAUACUGAUUACAGAUUCUAAAAAAAUGAAACAUUCUUAACUUUAGCCACUCAAAGUGGAAAUAAGGAUAUUGUCAAAGAACUGAUAAAGAGAGGAGCAGAUAUCAACAUAUAAAAUGUAUUUUUUUACUAAAAAAGGAUGAUGGAAACACCCCCUUGCAUUUGGCUAUAGCAUAUUCUCAUUUUGAUAUAGCUGACAUGCUCAUGUUUUCUGGAGCCUCUUCUCACAUUUUAAAUAAGUAGGGUAGGAAUGCGUGGAAUGUAAUAUGAGAAAUUUAUGUAUCUACUAUAAAUUUUGAAUCUAUAAUUUGUCACUAUGUUUGAUCUAUUUAGUAAUUAAUUAUAAACCCAGAAUUAUAUUAAAAAUAAUAUUGUUAACUUAAUGAAUAAAGGAGCUGAGAAGAAGAGAACCUCUUCAUUCAAUAAAUAAACAAUUAAUUAGAUAUGUGAUAGAUAUGAUACACAACAAAAACAAUUUUAUUGUCCUCAAUAAAGAAAAGAUGUCAAAAAUCUGAUAAACAAUCUAAAGUUGAAAUCAUCUUGUGCGAGUACCUCAGUUGUGAUUCCAUAAAAUGUGUCUUUGAAAAAUUUCUUAGCAGGUCUAACUCAUAAAUCUCCUAAAAAAUAAAUGAAGGAUAAUAGCAAAAAGACUCCUAGUACAUCUUUGCAUACUCCAACUGACUUUACAAUUAGAAAUACUGAGUAGCAAUCUGAGUUGAUAAAGUAAUAGUAAUCUAUAUUACAUUAAUAAUCUAAAUAAACUUCAUAUCGAUCUUUAUUAUAACGCAAUAAACAUAAUUAGUGGAUAGAUUUAAUUAAUCAGAAGAAUUCUAAUUACAUUCAAUAAGAUCAAAUAGCUUUAACUGAAUAUAAGUAAAGUAUUUACUAACUUAGUGCCUAAUUAGAUAUUUAGUCGACGAUUAAUUGUGAUUGGAAAUAUCCAUAUGCUUGCUACAAGGAAGAUAGAAAUCAUCGUGAAAUGCAAAUCAUAGAGAAUCUGGAAUUCAAUUGUUGGCUAGAGUAGAUGAGGACUCACUUAGAUUUGCGUAGAGCAUAAUGA